AACAACAAACCCUACUACGGAGCAAGUGGCGGGGUGAAACUGAGAGAGCGUCCAAAACCGCCUCUGACCGCCAGUUUCAAACUCAUUUGCGGAUAUCGUGGUUAUAUCAAAACAAGAACAGAUAGCGACUCAACAAAGCAGUGACUCGUUUGGAAAAAAAUUGAAUAACGGGGUCCCACGUACCUUGUGGACGCAGAGGAUCUGAGGUCUGUUCUUAUUUCAGUUGAUCAGACAUGUUAGAGAAAUGAUAGCGGCACCAGAGUUACCGUCGGAGUUCCACUAUCCUCAGGAUACGGACACCCGUUUCUCCUCAGACACAGACUUCUCUGAGGCUCCUGAUGUCAGUAUCAACCCAACCAAAGGAAAGGGGGGUAAGAAGGGGAAGAAGGUGACAGGAGAGAAGGGUAAAGGAGCGGGAGGAGCAGGGAGGAUGAACGGCCACUACCAGGAGAAUGGCAUGGAGAACCUAAUGCUGUUUGAGGUUGUCAAGAUGGGCAAGAGCGCCAUGCAGUCUGUGGUGGAUGACUGGAUUGAGGCGUAUAAAACCGACAGGGACAUGGCUCUGCUAGACCUGAUCAACUUCUUCAUCCAGUGUUCUGGCUGUAAAGGAGUGGUCAGUGGAGAGAUGUUCCGAAACAUGCAGAACUCUGAGAUCAUCAGGAGGAUGACAGAGGAGUUUGACGAGGACAGCGGAGACUAUCCUCUGACCAUGGCGGGUCCACUGUGGAAGAAGUUUAAGGGUAGUUUCUGUGAGUUCAUUGCUGUCUUGGUGAGACAGUGUCAGUACAGCAUCAUCUAUGAUGAGUACCUCAUGGACACGGUCAUAUCGCUCCUCACCGGACUGUCGGACUCACAGGUCCGAGCCUUCAGGCACACCAGCACACUGGCAGCUAUGAAACUGAUGACAGCCCUGGUGAAUGUAGCUCUGAACCUGAGCAUCAACAUGGACAACACACAGCGGCAGUACGAGACAGAGAGAAACAAGAAUGUCGCCAAGAGAGCCAACGACCGGCUGGAGCUACUGCUGCAGAAACGCAAAGAGCUUCAAGAAAAUCAGGACGAAAUUGAAAACAUGAUGAAUGCUAUAUUCAAGGGUGUGUUUGUACACCGAUAUCGUGAUGCCAUAGCAGAGAUCAGAGCUAUCACUAUAGAGGAGAUAGGAAUGUGGAUGAAGCUCUACAGUGACGCCUUCCUCAAUGACAGCUACCUGAAAUAUGUAGGCUGGACCAUGCACGACAAGCAAGGCGAGGUGCGUCUGAAAUGUUUGACAGCGCUGCAGGGACUCUACUACAACAGAGAACUGAACACCAGACUGGAGCUGUUCACCAGCCGCUUCAAGGACCGCAUUGUCUCCAUGACUCUGGACAAGGAAUAUGACGUCGCAGUACAAGCAAUUAAACUGCUCACUCUGGUACUACAUAGUACAGAUGAGGUGCUGAGCCCGGAGGACUGUGAGAGCGUCUAUCACCUGGUCUACUCCGCCCACCGACCGGUCGCCAUAGCAGCCGGGGAGUUCCUCUUCAAGAAACUGUUCAGUACGCGGGAGCCGGAAGAGGAGGGCGCCCCCAAGAGGAGAGGAAGACAAAGCCCCAACGCCAACCUCAUCAAAACUACUGUUUUCUUCUUCCUGGAGAGCGAGCUUCAUGAGCAUGCUGCGUACCUGGUGGACUCUCUGUGGGAGAGUGGAGCAGACCUGUUGAAGGACUGGGAGUGUAUGACCAGCCUGCUACUGGAUGACCCCGUGCCAGGGGAGGAAGCCCUGACAGACAGACAGGAGACGGCUCUCAUAGAGAUCAUGCUGUGUACGGUGCGCCAGGCUGCAGAGUGCCACCCGCCCGUAGGCCGCGGAACUGGGAAAAGGGUGAUGACAGCGAAGGAGAAGAAGACUCAGCUAGAUGACAGGACCAGRAUGACAGAGCUGUUUGCUGUGGCAUUGCCUCCUCUGCUGUCCAAAUACUCCAUAGAUWCAGAGAAGGUGACCAACCUGCUGCAGCUCCCUCAGUUCUUUGACCUGGAUAUCUACACCACAGGACGACUGGAAAAGCACUUGAGGCGUUGCUGCGUUCAGAUCAGGGAGAUGGUGGAGAAACACACAGACACAGAGGUGCUGGAGGCUUGCUCGAAGAACUUACCACGCUCGCGCAACGAGGAGUUCACCAUCUUUAACAGAGUGGACAUCGCCAGGUCACAGCUGCUGGAUGAACUGGUGGACAAAUUCAACAGACUGCUGGAAGACUUCUUACAAGAGGGUGAAGAGGCUGACGAUGAUGAUGCCUACCAGGUCCUGUCUACUCUCAAGAGAAUCACAGCCUUCCACAAUGCCCAUGACCUGUCCAAGUGGGAUCUGUUCAGCAGUAACUUCAAGUUGCUCAACACGGGCAUUGAGAACGGAGACAUGCCAGAGCAGAUAGUGGUCCAUGCUCUACAGUGUACCCACUACGUUGUCCUGUGGUAUUUGGCCAAGGUCUCAGAGGGCAGCCACAGAAAGGAGGACAUGAUGAGCCUGAGGAAACAGAUGCGGAUGUUCUGUCUGAUGUGUCAACGUUACCUCACCAACGUCAACACAACCGUCAAGGAACAGGCGUUCACCAUACUGUGUGAUGUGUUGCUGGUCUUCAGUCAUCAGAUGGUCUCAGGAGGCAGAGAGCAGCUGGAGCCGCUGGUCUACAGUCCUGAUGAUUCGUUACAGACAGAACUACUGUCCUUCAUACUGCACCAUGUCUUCAUAGACCAGGACGAUGACAACGGCAGCACAGAUGGCCAGCAGGAUGACGAGGCAGCGAAGAUAGAAGCUCUUCAUAAGAGACGUAACCUCCUGGCGGCCUACUGUAAACUUAUCAUCUAUAACGUAGUAGAGAUGAACACUGGAGCUGACAUCUUUAAACAGUACAUGAGGUAUUACAAUGACUAUUGGUGAACUCAUCAAGUGGAGACCAUGUCUAAGACCACGAUAGACAAGAUCCAAUGUGCCAAGACACUCAUCCUCAGUCUCCUCCAGUUGUUCCAUGAGAUGUUGUCAGAGUUGGGGACAGGAUUUGACCGCUCGUCCUCAGCGUUCUGUGGGAUCAAGGAGCUGGCCAGACGUUUCUCUCUCACCUUCGGUCUGGACCAGGUGAAAACACGAGAUGCUAUCGCCAUGCUGCACAAGGAUGGUAUAGAGUUUUCGUUUAAGGAGCCAAGUCCCCAGGGAGAAGGAAACCCUCCUCUUCACCUGGCCUUCCUAGACAUCCUCUCUGAGUUUUCCUCCAAACUAAUGAGGCAGGACAAGAGGACUGUUCACAUGUAUCUGGAGAGGUUCAUGACCUUCCAGAUGGCCCUCCAGAGAGACGACUGCUGGCUACCGCUCAUCUCCUACAGGAACUCCCUGCAGGCCGGCGGGGACGAUGACACCAUGUCUGUUGUCUCCGGCUACUCCUCCAGAGGGUCGUCGGUCAGAUCCAAGAAGACCAAGGCUGCUACUCCCACUGCUACCGUCGCCGCAGCCAAGAGGAGACUUCCUGAAGCGGAGGAGAGCAGUAGCAGCAGUACAGAUAUGUCGUGGCAGCACCAGAGCAUGCAGACUCCAGUGAUGAUGCCCUCCCCCCACCUCACCUCUACCAUGAUGAGAGGACCAGGGGACAUGAGGGGGGAGGCCAAACGGGGGAGAGACGACAGCUACAUGGGAGUGUACGCCCUCCCUUCAGACUCCCAGCAGCAGCCACACCCUCACACACUCCCCCAAACCCCUCAACUCCACCAGACACCCAUCGACUACAAUACCCAGGUGACGUGGAUGCUGGCUCAGAGGCAGCAGGAGGAGGUUCGUCAGCAGCAGGAGAGAGCCAUGAACUACGCCAAGCUCAGGACCAACCUGCAACAGGCCAUUCGGCGUGGUACAGGGCUGAUGGAGGAGGAUGAGGAGCCUAUCGUAGAGGACGUGAUGAUGUCAUCAGAGGGUCGUAUGGAAGACCUCAACGAGGGCAUGGACUUUGACACCAUGGACAUUGACCUGCCCCCCUCUAAGAACAGGAGAGAAAGAUCAGAGCUGAAACCAGACUACUUUGACCCUGGUUCUAUCAUGGAUGAGUCUGUCCUUGGAGUGUCCAUGUUUUAAACUGGUAUUUGUAGACGAAGAGGAGAGGCAUAGUGUAUUUAUGGAGACGUUAAGCUGCAGAUCAGAAGUCUUCUCUGGUUUAUCCUCCAUGGUCUAACACACAGUGUUGCUCGCUCAGAGAGGACUGAAUGAAAACAAAAUACUUUUUUAUAAUCCUUGGGUAAGCUUUCACCUUUCAGUUAGUGGCAAACCAGUUCCAAACAUAGAAGAAUCCUCCAGGCGUUUAGUCUGAAGGAAGUUCUAUAAUUCUACAACGUUUUAUUUUUCUUCCAAAUGGAGAUGGAAUGAGUUGUAAGAUAACCUUUUAGUUUUUUGAAAUGUCUUCUAACCCUGUCUCUAUGCUAGUAUAGUGAGUAACCCGGUGCGGUGUAGUCAUUUAGAAACAGAUUGUUAGUAGGAAAGGUAGCUAGCUGUGGUAGUAGUGGAUGGACAUGGUCUUUAUGCUAUUUUCAGUUUUUUUACUUUUCCUUUCCCCCACGUUGGACUGUCAGUAGAAUCUGUUGGUUCUGUGGUUGAAUAGAUCAGCUGUAAGAGUCGUGGCUGUAGCAACACACAUCCAACCGUUUUCCAAGUGCAGAUUCCUUCAUACGAAACGAGUAGAAAUAACGCCACACUGUUGUACAUCCUUCAGUAUAGGUUCUUGCAACGUUUGGGCCAGAAGGUCUGUCCGUCAUUUCCAACUGUGUAUGUGGGUAGUGUUUCUAUUCCGGGGUUGUUGAAUACAGUCUGACUGAGGAACCCGGUAGUUGCUGUGAAGAGGCCCAGGUUGCGUCUCAAAAGUAGUGCACUAUAUAGGGAAUAGGGUGCCAUUUGGGACGAAGACCCAGUGUUUAACAAGGAACUAGGCUGUCGCACAAGUCCUGAAGCUUACCCAAAGAUUUGGAUCCUUCUCCCUAUCUGAAGAGACUACUCUCCGACGGACAGCGAGGUGAUUUUCUCUCGUAGUGCCACCACUGUGCUGACUCAGAGACAAGCAAGCAGCACGUUAAUACACGGAAAAUACAUUUCUCCAGAAAAUCCAGCAUAUUUAGUGUUGAAAUGGCUAUCUCUAAAUUUUAAAUAAAGUUAUAUAUGAAUCGGUGCUGAUUUUAUAACUGUGCUUUUUUAAAUUAAAAUGUUCAACUUAAGUUAAGGUUUCAUAAAUGUGUAAAACUGUUUAAAAUGGAAAGCAUGUGUAGUCAUGCGGCGAGGAAGAUUUUUACAUUUGUAUUUUGGUUUUUCUUCGUCUUAAUAAUGUUUUUUGGGGUUUCUACCUUUUUUUUUUCCUACGUGUAAAUUAGUUUGGAUAAGACUCAUUAUGAAAAAAAUAAAUGUGACUUGUGAAAUAUCA